GUCACAACGGAACGACAAUUCUUUCGUUUUUUGCCGAGCUUUCGACGGUUACAUCGUCAUUAUCAAGCUCUCCUUUCAUGACGUAUCCUUACGGAGCUUUGACGAAGGGCGUAACCUCCUCGGCAGAAACAACAAUAACAAGAAAACAACAACAACCGUGUACAAACAACCGUCUCCGGAGAUGCCGAAGAGGAAGCAUCCUAUCGACGAUCCUCUCGAAUUCCUCAACGAAGUGAGGAGGAUCGACAAGAACUCCCUCGAUUCGGACGAAGAGGACAACGACAGCGACGCAGAUGAAAAUUACAGGCUGAAAGAUGAGGACAUAGAAGGCCAGGAAGACGGAAACGUCGGAUUGGAAGGCGGCGUGCAGAUCACACCGUUCAACAUGAAAGAGGAAAUGGAGGAAGGACACUUUGAUAACAACGGCAUGUACCAUUGGAAAAAAGAAAAGGUCGCUAAAGAUAACUGGCUCGAGAAUAUCGAUUGGAUCAAGGUCAAACAAGGUGAAACAGAUAAAAAUGUGAACAAAUCAUUAGGAAGCGAUGACGAAAUGCUCGACACAGUCGACACAAAUUUACUUUAUAAAGAAAUCUUAGGGUUUCUACAACCGAAAGAAAGCAUCGCAAAGGCUCUAAAGAGAUUAGGCGGGCAGAAAAGUCUUUCUGCCUCGGAAAGGCUUAAGCUGAAAAAAGCUGGCAAAUUGCCCCAACCGACUUCGAACGAUGACAUAGAGAAAGUUACCAAAUUGACAGAAUUGGCAAACAAAAUUUUAACCCAUUCAGGAAACAUGGACAUUUAUCAGGAGACGUACGAAUACAUUCAGGAUAAGCUUAAUGCUUCGAGUUCUAAAAUAAAAAGUGAUGGACUUGACAUGUACGCCGAUGAUUUCGGCGAGAAAGAAAAAGAAAGGCUUACAGACGGAGGUGCCGAGGAGAAAAAAGAAUCUAACUUUCAGCCGGAAGGAAGCGUAAUGAUGUGGGAGUACAAAAGAGGCGAAGACAGUAAUGACAUAAAAGGUCCGUUCACGUCAGAACAGAUGGACAAAUGGUCGCAAACGGGCCAUUUUGGAAACGGAGUCUUAGUUCGGAAAUGCGGCACGGAACAGUUCUACUCUUCUAACAGAAUAGACUUUGAUCUCUAUGUUUAAAUGCUUCUGUUUAGUAUGUUUGAUAUUUUAAUCAUGUACAUUAUUAAAAUUUAUUAAUAAAACAAUAAAAAUA